AUGAACUCAGGAUAUUAUUUUAACAAUAAAAUUUUAAAUAUUUUAGCCAUAAUUGAUAACCCCUCGGUUGAGAUCAAUGGAGAAAAUGUCCAAAUUUUUGAUUGGCUCAAGCAAAAAGUUAAAGAAAAAUUUUUCGAUUUGGGAAUGGCUGAAUAUUCUGUAAUGACUGGAGCAUUUCCUUUAUUUGAACAAAUUGGGUUAAAAAAAUAUAUAGCAACAUCAACAGUUAGCCCUUUUCCAGUUUUUUUGCAUUUUCUUGGUCAUCAACUUUAUUCUUCAAUACCUGGCAAGUUUAUAAUUUAA